AUGGUCAAUUCAUAUCAAAUCUUGUGCUUUUAUAUUGUUAUUAUUGCAGUUUAUGCAGGCCAUUAUGCUGCAAUGCCUUUGGAUUUUCAUAAUUAUGAUAAGAUCAACUUUUAUAUCAAUAACAAAAGAGACUCUAUCGUUUCUACUAAAGAUUUAAUUUUUAGAUGCGUUAAAGAUGAUCGAACUUCAUGUGUCUCCGCGAUCAUGCCUAACAAACGUAAUAUGAUAUAUAAUUUAUCUUUUAGAAAUCUAUCUCAGAACAAAAAUGAGGCCACUCAAUUUCCUCAGAAUAAAAGCGAAACAGCUCCACCUCCAUCUCAGAAUAAAAACGAAACAGCUCCACCUCCAUCUCAGAAUAAAAACGAAACAACUCAACUUCCAUCUCAGAAUAAAAAUGAAACAACUCAAAAUCCAUCUCAGAAUAAAAAUGAAACAACUCAAAAUCCUCCUCAGAAUAAAAACGAAACAAUUCAACUUCCACCUCAGAAUAAAAACGAAACAACUCAUCAAAAUAAAAAUAAAACAGCUCAAAAUCCUCUUCAGAAUAAAAAUCAAAAUCCGUCUCAGAAUAAAAACGAAACAACUCAACUUCCACCUCAGAAUAAAAACGAAACAACUCAUCCUCCACCUCAGAAUAAAAACGAAACAACUCAAAAUCCACCUCAGAAUAAAAAUAAAACAGCUCAAAAUCCACCUCAGAAUAAAAACAAAACAACUCAACUUCCACCUCAGAAUAAAAACGAAACAACUCAAAAUUCACCCCAGAAUAAAAACGAAACUCAACUUCCACCUCAAAAUAAAACA